UUAACUGACGCAUCAGCGUCACAGUAAAAUUUCAGAGCUGUAAUCUCUAAAGCCCCUGCACAAUGCAAACAGACAACACCGUCCCCUGGUUCCUCACCGUGUGUCUCACUGCAGCAUCAACAUGCAGUGCGAACCUCACAGACUCCACUGCUUAAAUACAGCACCCGGUCUCCCACACGCUAACCACAGCUCCACCUGCACCUCUGCUUCUGAUCAAGCUCUCUUCCAGUUCCAGUUCCAGCUGCACCUCACCUCGGCGGCCAUGGAGGCGGCCGUAGAGUGCGCCAAGUGCGAGUGCUGCGGGCUGGUAGAGGACUGCACUCAGGACUACAUCCUGGGCGUGCGCGCCACCUUCGGCGGGCGGUGGCUCUGCGGGCUCUGCUCGGAGGCGGUGCGGGACGAGGCGGCCAGGGGCACGACGACGAAGCAGAGGGGCCCUGCCGCCGCAGCAGCCGCGGCGCGGCUGGAGGAGGCGCUCAGGGACCACAUGGCCUUCUGCGGCAAGUGCAGGCGGAGCCCCGCGUUCCGGGUCGCCGACGGCAUGCGGCAGAUGCUGCGGAGGUGCUCCAAGUGACGGCGUCGCGUCGCACCGCAUGACGCGCCGUCGAUCCGGUCAGCGUCGUCUAGCAAGUCUUGAAGAAGACGAACAAGAUGAGCACCGCGCCAUUGUAUUAUCUGUGCAGUAAGCUAGCAUUCUGUGGAACGAAAGGGCACGUCAGGUUCGGCGUGUUAGUGAUCUCUGUUAAAUUCAGGGGCUCGUAGGCGUUGUACUAUAGGGUAAGCUAGGACGCUGCUACUUCUUAGCUACUAGUCAUCAGUGCCAUUAGCAGUUGGAGUCUUAGGCUUGGAAGGUUCCUACAUUACUUCUUCAGGUCUUCAGACUACAAAGCUGUUUCAUCAAUAAGGAAACCUACUAAACUA